GAGCUCGCUUCAAUUCGAAGCCACUGACUGCACUCAACAUCGCUCGAGAACAACCAUCAUAUUCACCCAACGUCGACAGUCAUCAUGUGUCGCAUCUGUGGACGCGUGGUAAAAUGCAUAUUUGAUUCAAUGCCGUCAAGGGUGCCAUCGAGAUCGAUGAGGACUCUACGGCAAUCCCAUCAAUCUCGAUCACACCAUGUGUCUUCGCGCUCUCUCGUUCGAAGCGCAUUGAACACCUCCUCGAGGUCGACAACGCAACCGCCAACAUUCCUCCUGCCGUUCCGCGCGAGACUACAUCAAGCGGCGACGCAGCAGGCCAGUCCGGCGGCAGAUUUCCAGAGCACACAACCCGACAUCCCUCCCACACUUCUCACAAGCACAACAUCUACAUCGAUAUCCGAGUCCAACACAGUCGUCACCCCUCCCUCGACAACACAAUCCCUCUCGCGUCCGCUCGUCCUCUCAAAAUCCCUACAAAAUCUACUACCAAACAUCAUCCUCCAGAAACCUCACUACAUCGUGGCGCACGUCCAUCGCUUUCCAUAUUUAAUCACGGAAGGUGACAUUCUCCGUCUCCCAUUCCACAUGCACGGCGUCUCGCCAGGCGACAUUCUGCGCUUCAACCGCGCCAGCAUCCUCGGAUCGAGAGAAUACACGCUGAAAGCGGGCAUGGCUAACACCGAGUCCUACGACACCAAGCGCACGGGCGAGCCAAACUAUAUUGACGAGCGGCUGUUCGAAUGUCGAAUGCGCGUGAUGGGCAUAGAGACAAAUCCCAUGAUGGAUAAAGAGAAGAAGAAGCGGAGGAAUCGACAUCGGAAGGUCGUCCACAGCAAACACAAGUACACCGUCCUGCGAGUCAUGCAGAUCAAGAUCAAAGAUGUAGAGGAGUUGAAGAGGGAGAAGGGCACGCUUUUGCUGGAAGGCGCUGCACAAACGGAGCAAUUGUAACACUGACAGCAGAAAUGCAGUAAGAAUAUCAUUAU